UGUGACGCGAGUAGUUGAUCGGGUCGACGAAUAGCGCGGGAGUCAGCGCGGCACACCGCGGACGCCGCAGGACAGCGCUCGGCCGCACUCUCUCCACCCGGCGCGGAUGCUACACGCGCCACUCGCUUACUCCAAUAUUUAUUUCAUAUUGGAAUACGUGUCUUCAGUAAGAAUAUGAGUUAGCCUCGACAACAUGUCUGUCUGUGGUCAAAAUGGUCAGCCUGAGGAAGACAGUGCUUCGGAGGAGGUAGUCGCAAACGCGACGCGAGACAGUUACAAGCAGAAGCCAGCCAGCAAGCUAGUGCGCGUGCUGACCGUGCUGGCGUACCUGCUGUCGGUGUCUCUGGCUGCUAUCCUACUGUCGGUGUACUACGUGGUGGUGUGGCGGGCGCCGGAGUCUGCCGCCGAGGUGGGCGAGGUGAGCGCGCGACGCACCGGCCCCAACACCACCUUCCAUCACCACCACCAUCACUACCAGUCACUGCAUCACGAAGCACAAACUGCGUAUACUGACGGAGGAGGCAAUACCACAGUGAAUGGCGAGAUCAUUCAAUCGACACCGGAGAACAACACCGGUGGCUUUCCCGAGGACUUUGUCACCGACAGCUCGGGGUCUACCGUUGACACGACGUCUUUACCUGAUACCACAACUUCGGAACUGCACAAUGGAACUUCGGAGAUGAGCACAUUGAAUGUCACUGACAGCAUCACAUGACGAUCACUCCGUCAGAAACUUAAGAACUCAGAACGUGAGGAGAUUAGAUAGACUUGUGAAGAUGUAACAGCGGCAGCAACCUACUAGCCAGUUACUUAGUUACUCUAGUCAAGUAAACGUUUGGGGUUUUAUCAGAUAAAACUCGCGCUGUUACUUAUACUUACAUCGAUUUAUGACCCCUCAUUAUUUAUUGGUGCAGUGACAGUGAACGCCAUUUUAUAAGCCGUAGGAUAGGUAUUUUUUAGGUAAUAGUUAUUGAUGGCCAAUAAACGAAGUAACACCACUAGUUUGUAACGUAUUUAGUAGGUACCUUUACU